AUGGUCGGAGCCACAGACACAACUACAAAUACGCUAGGUGGCGUCGCGCUGGUCCUACCGAUGGGUCAAACGCCCGCAGUUGUCGAUGUCUUGCCCGCCCGCAAAAGUAGCGAGGCGACUGACGAUAAGAUCCUCUCAGCCCUCGUCGGCUUGACGGAGCGCCUGGUGAAGCUUGAGUCGUCGCAGCGCGUCCGCGACAAAGACGAAUAG